GUUGUAGCAUUCAUUAUCUUCUGCCACACUUGAAGAGAGAAUGAAGACAAACAUUUUAUUAACUUUAACUGUGGCAGCAUGUCUGCUUAUCAGUCAAGUGCAGGCCCAAGCUACUGUAGCCAUAAAUGUUGGUGGAGGUACUAUCACAGUCGCUUCGAGCGAUAUUAACACCAUUUUGGCAAUAGUAGCAGCUUUGCAGUCUACAACCACCACUGCAGCUGCGACAACGACGACAGCAGGGGCGGUGACUACAACGACUACGGUCGCUCCAACAACUACAACGACUACGGCCGCUCCGACAACUACAACGACUACGGCCGCUCCAACAACUACAACGACUACGACCGCUCCGACAACUACAACAACUACAGCUGCCCCAACGACUACUACUACAACGGCCGCACCGACUACUACUACAACUACGACCGCCCCAACGACUACUACUACAACGGCCGCACCGACAACAACAACUACUACUACAACGGCCGCACCGACAACAACAACUACUACUGCCGCACCGACAACAACAACUACUACUGCCGCACCGACAACAACUACUACUGCCGCCCCAACAACGACUACUACAACUGCAGCUCCGACGACGACUACUACCACUGCGGCUGCGACGACAACAACUACUACUGCCGCACCAACAACGACUACUACCACUGCGGCUCCGACGACGACUACUACCACUGCGGCUCCUACGACGACUACUACCACUGCGGCUGCGACGACUACUACCACUGCAGCUGCGACAACAACAACGGCUGCCACAACAACUACAACAGCUGCUCCUAUUAGUGUAGUUGUCACUGUCAACGGAUCCAGCGUUACUGUGUCCUCCUCCAACAAUUCUUUGGUGAAUACUGUUCUUCAAAUUAUUGCUAGCCUUACGGCAACAACCACUACGGCAGCGGCUACAACCACUACUACAACGGCGGCGACCACAACGACUACGAGUGCUACAAGUACAACAGCAGCGGCCACAACAACUACCACGACCGCUGCUGCCACGACGACCACUUCCACUGUAGCUCCAACCACCACUACAACUACUACUGUUGCUCCAACAACCACUACAACUACCACCGCUGCGCCAACGACUACGACGACUACUACAGUUGCUCCAACUACCACCACCACAACUCUAGCUAGUACUACUACCACAACCAGAAGACCGUGCGGUACACGUUUGCCAAUCGGUUUGGGAGGUGGUUUUGGAAUCAUAGGAGGCCUGGGCCCGCUUGGCUUUGGUGUGGGUCUCCGAGGAGGUAUUGGAGGUAGAUUGGGAGCUCCACAAGUAGGAGGAUUCGGAAUUCUGCCAGCCGUAGGUCAAGUUGUGCGCACGGGACUUGGCGUGGUUGGCUCGGCCGCUAAUUUGGCUGGGAAUGUAGUUGGAGCCGUCGGUAAUGCAGCAGGUGGAUUGCUUGGAGGUUUAAGCAAUGCUGCCGCUGGAAUUGGAUCUGGUCUCAACGCCGGGCUCAGCGGAGGUAUUGGAGCAAGAGUAGGAAGUGGAUUUGGUGGAAGUCUGCAAGCUGGCGGUGGCUUUGGAGGUAAUCUGCAGGCUGGCAGUGGUUUUGGAGGCAGUUUCCGUACUGGAUUCCGCGCCGGUCUUAUGGACAGUGUCCUUACCACCAUGUGCAAGUCCUUCAAUCUUCAGAACCUAUCCUUCGAUAGCUGCCGUGUAGUGAUCAAAAUGAAGAACUAUUUGGCUUCUCUGGUACUCGCCGUGUGUUUACUCACCGGCCCAGUUGCUAGUCAGUCGGCAACGGUAUCGAUCAAUAUUGGAGGAAGUGUUAUCACUUUAGCGUCGUCGGACUUGUCGACGAUAUUGGCUAUUGUAGCAGCGUUGCAAACAUCAACCACAACAACUGCAGCAACGACAACUGCUGCCGCUACUACAACCGUUGCCACCACUGCUGCUACUACAGCAGCUACGACCACUACGACGGCAGCCACUACCGCUGCCACGACCACUACGACGGCAGCCACUACCGCUGCCACGACCACUACGACAGCUGCCACUACCGCUGCUACGACCACUACGACAGCUGCCACUACCGCUGCUACCACUGCGGCCACUACAGCAGCUACGACUACUACGACUGCUGCAACUACUGCAGCAACCACUGCGGCUACUACUGCUGCUACGACUACAACGACAGCUGCAACUACUGCAGCCACCACUGCGGCCACUACAGCAGCUACGACCACUACGACUGCUGCAACUACUGCUGCCACCACUGCGGCUACUACAGCAGCUACGACUACUACAACAGCUGCAACUACUGCUGCCACUACCGCUGCUACUACAGCAGCUACCACCACUACGACGGCUGCCACCACUGCCGCUACUACAGCAGCAACUACCACUACGACAGCAGCAACUACCACUACGACAGCAGCAACUACCGCUGCCACCACUGCUGCUACUACAGCAGCUACGACCACUACGACAGCUGCAACUACUGCUGCCACCACUGCUGCUACCACUGCUGCCACAACCGCUGCAACUACGACUACUACCACUGCUGCCACAACCGCUGCAACCACAACUACAACUACAGUAGCCCCGACCACUACGACCUCUACAGCUGCUCCGACUACUACGACCACCACUGCUGCACCGACUACCACAACCACUACUGCUGCUACGACCACCACAGCGGCCCCUAGUGUGACUAUAACUCUUACUCUCAACGGAAAUACGAUCACCAUUGUGGCUUCCGAUUCGAGCUUGGUGAAUUUGUUGACACAAAUUUUGACUAGUUUGACAGCAACGACUACUACUGUUGCCCCGACUACCACAACAACUACUGCUGCCCCGACUACUACGGCCACUACUGUUGCCCCAACUACCACGACCACUACUGCUGCCCCGACUACUACGACCACUACUGUUGCCCCAACUACCACGACCACUACUGUUGCACCUACCACUACCACCAUUGCUACCAGCACGACAACACGUAAAUGUGGUGUUGGCAUUGGAAUCGGAGGUGGAAUUAACAUUGGAGGACUGGGAGGAAUCGGAGGAAGCAUUGGUAUUGGUGCCGGUCUAGGAGGUAUCGGAGCUGGAAUAAAUGUUGGUGGAGGUUUGGGAGGACUCGGUGCCGGAUUUGGUGCUGGAAUCAAUCUUGGUGGAGCAGGAACCGGACUCAAUGUAGGUACUGGAAUUCGUCCGAUCGGAUCUCUUCUCGGCACGGUGAUCAAUACGGCUGGCAAUGUAGCCAGCACUGCAAUUAACACGGCUAGCACUGGAAUUCGUCCGAUCGGAUCGCUGCUCGGAACGGCGAUCAACACGGCUGGAAAUGUGGCCGGAACUGCAAUCAACACGGCUGGUGGUGUGAUCAAUACGGCUGGCAAUUUGGCCGGUACUGCUGUGAAUACGGCUGGAAACCUGGCCGGAACUGCGAUCAAUACGGCCGGUGGCGCAGUGCGGGGAGUCGUUGGAACUGCUACCAAUGUGCUCGGUGCUGCCACAAACGUGGUUGGCAAUGUUGCCGGAGGACUGUUUGGUGGAUUGGCCAGCGGCAUUCAGGCUGCAUCCAAUGUUGGCUCCCGGUUGAACGUCGGAGGAAGUCUAGCCGGUAGUGGCGGACUCCUUGGCAGCAGACUGACUGCAGGCGCCGGUUUUGGAUUCGCUGGAUAAAAAGCGGAACCCGAACCAAAAUCAAACCCCUGUUUACUGACUGAGCUGUUUUCUUUUUCUAUCUUUUAAACCUUCAAUAAAAACUGAUCUAUUUUGAGACCAA